AGCUUACUGUUCCCUUGUUUUUCCUGCUUGGGAAAAUGGGGAAGCCGGUGUCGCCCAAGUGUGGAGGAGCAAAGGACUUUUCUAGUUUUUAGCAUUAGCAAUACAAGAGUGGGGGAGCAGACAUGGCUAUAUUGGAACCCUAUAUGCUAAGGUGGAGGCUCUGGAAGUCUGAGGAGGGAAAGAGAAAAGAUAGAGUGGCAUCUAGACAGGUUAAUUAAAUGAGUGCUGUAGUUUCCAGACCCUUUUGCUGUUUUAAGUCUGGAAGGGAGGGGGUAACAUGGAUACUGUAUGUAGAAAAACUUUUCCCUGGUGAAACAUAGACGUAUGAGUGGAUGCUGCGCCAUUAGGAAGAGACCUGGGAAAUUAAGUUUCUUGCGGAGUACGGUGGGGAUUGCAGCCGCUGAGCAGGGAUUCUGGAAAGCAUUGAGUACCUGAGCCCCCAGCAUGGCGGGCCUAAAGCGGCGGGCAAGCCAGGUGUGGCCAGAAGAGCAUGGUGAGCAGGAACAUGGGCUAUACAGCCUGCACCGCAUGUUUGACAUCGUGGGCACUCAUCUGACACACAGAGAUGUGCGCGUGCUUUCUUUCCUCUUUGUUGAUGUCAUUGAUGACCACGAGCGUGGACUCAUCCGAAAUGGACGUGACUUCUUAUUGGCACUGGAGCGCCAGGGCCGCUGUGAUGAAAGUAACUUUCGCCAGGUGCUGCAGCUGCUGCGCAUCAUCACUCGCCACGACCUGCUGCCCUACGUCACCCUCAAGAGGAGACGGGCUGUGUGCCCUGAUCUUGUAGACAAGUAUCUGGAGGAGACAUCAAUUCGCUAUGUGACCCCCAGAGCCCUCAGUGAUCCAGAACCAAGGCCUCCCCAGCCCUCUAAAACAGUGCCUCCCCACUAUCCUGUGGUGUGUUGCCCCACUUCGGGUCCUCAGAUGUGUAGCAAGCGGCCAGCCCGAGGGAGAGCCACACUUGGGAGCCAGCGAAAACGCCGGAAGUCAGUGACACCAGAUCCCAAGGAAAAGCAGACAUGUGACAUCAGACUGCGGGUUCGGGCUGAAUACUGCCAGCAUGAGACUGCUCUGCAGGGCAAUGUCUUCUCUAACAAGCAGGACCCACUUGAGCGCCAGUUUGAGCGCUUUAACCAGGCCAACACCAUCCUCAAGUCCCGGGACCUGGGCUCCAUCAUCUGUGACAUCAAGUUCUCUGAGCUCACCUACCUCGAUGCAUUCUGGCGCGACUACAUCAAUGGCUCUUUAUUAGAGGCACUUAAAGGUGUCUUCAUCACAGACUCCCUCAAGCAAGCUGUGGGCCAUGAAGCCAUCAAGCUGCUGGUAAAUGUAGACGAGGAGGACUAUGAGCUGGGCCGACAGAAACUCCUGAGGAACUUGAUGCUGCAAGCAUUGCCCUGACCUAUUCCCUCUUCUCACUUUGGGGACUGUUCCCAUCACCCACCUCUGGAGCUUACACUGUUCUGGGGUUUGUUCUCUACCCUUCCAACCAAUCACACCCCUGCCUUUUUUUUUUUUUUUUUAAAGAAAAAGACAAAAGAAAGUGGAAGUGGUAUUCCCCACCCCUCCCUGCACCCAUGUGCCUGGGCUUCCCCUUUAUUUCCCUUUUCCAUUUACCCGCUAAUGUGUCUCUACAGCUACCUUACCACUGAGCCGUAAGACAAAUGUAUAGGAAGAAGCAAAGUCUACAGCACAUAGUCUUUGUAAGGGAUUGAUGUGAACACUUUUUUUGGAUGCACUAAGGAGUUAUCAAUAUUUCUGGCUUUAUGAGAGCUCUUAAAUUUUGUCUAAAAAACCAAAGGGCUGUGAGUAAGGGAGCUAUGUGGAAAGUGGGACUCUGAAGUGUAUUUUGAAAAUUAAUCGCCACCCUCUUCCAAAUUAUAGAAUUUUUUAAAAACAAGCUGUGGCCCUUUCCACUCUCUCCUGGCCUCUGGUGCUGCUCCUCUCUGCCGCCUUUCCUCCAUUCCAUGGCUUGAAACCUCUGCCUGAUGUGGCUCCUUCCUUUUUCCCAUUUGUCAAACCCUCUUCAAAGGAGGAACAGAUAAGACUGGGUCAGCCUAGUCAUGCCUCCCAACUGUGGUGGUAUAUGUGUACACACAUACACAGGGUGGAUGGAGAAGAGGUUGCUGAUUAAAAUACACUCCCCCUAUAAAGGGGAAGGGGGAGUGUGACACUUUCUUUCCAUGUUCAAGUGAAAAUAAAUAAUGUACCCUGCA